GGCUCUCUACUUGUCAUUACUGUUUGCUCCGAUUCACAAGCCCAUGAACACCGCUGGGCUCGAUAUGCCCAUCUCCUGCCGGAUUUGGAAUUAAUCUCGCACUGUUCAAAGCGCGCGCCAUGGAUGCCACCAUUUAUCAGGUGAUAUUUGGAGAGCUCGGAGACCUAAAUUGUAGUUUGAUAGAUGCUCUCCAAAACACUUUUUUGGACAACGCUUCAUUGUCAUUGCUGAGCACUGAUGGUUUAUAUUGUAACGCUACAACUGAUGAGAUUGGAACCUGCUGGCCGCGGAGCAGCACCGGCAGGAUUGUAGAGAGACCCUGCCCCGAGUACAUCAAUGGGGUGAAGUACAACACAACCAGGAGUGCGUACAGGGAGUGCAUGGAAAACGGGACGUGGGCGUUGAAGAGCAAUUACUCCAAUUGUGAACCCAUUUUGGAGGAGAAGAGAAAAUAUCCAAUGCAUUAUAAAAUCGCGCUGAUCAUCAACUACCUAGGCCACUGUAUCUCUGUGGGAGCUCUAGUCGUGGCCUUCAUUCUCUUCUUGUGCUUAAGGAGCAUUCGAUGUCUUCGAAACAUCAUCCACUGGAAUCUGAUCACCACCUUCAUACUGAGGAAUGUUAUGUGGUUUUUACUUCAGCUAAUUGAUCACAACAUUCAUGAGAGCAACGAGCCCUGGUGUCGAUUAAUCACAACAAUAUACAAUUACUUCGUGGUGACAAACUUUUUUUGGAUGUUUGUUGAAGGAUGUUACCUUCACACAGCCAUUGUAAUGACCUAUUCAACCGAUAAGCUCAGAAAGUGGGUCUUCCUUUUCAUCGGCUGGUGUAUUCCAUUCCCCAUAAUAGUAGCCUGGGCCAUUGGAAAGUUGUAUUAUGAAAACGAACAAUGCUGGUUUGGUAAAGAACCUGGAAAAUAUAUGGAUUACAUUUACCAAGGACCAGUUAUUCUAGUGCUUCUGAUAAAUUUUGUUUUCCUCUUCAACAUAGUAAGAAUUCUCAUGACCAAACUAAGAGCUUCAACUACAUCUGAAACAAUACAGUACAGAAAAGCCGUGAAAGCAACGCUGGUCUUGUUACCUCUGUUGGGCAUCACCUACAUGCUGUUCUUUGUGAAUCCGGGGGAGGACGACAUCUCACAAAUCGUUUUCAUCUAUUUUAACUCCUUUUUACAGUCUUUUCAGGGGUUCUUUGUGUCAGUGUUUUACUGCUUUCUAAAUGGAGAGGUCCGUUCUGCAGUGAGGAAACGUUGGCAUCGGUGGCAGGAUAACCACGCCCUUCGAGUGCGAGUGGCACGAGCCAUGUCCAUCCCCACGUCUCCAACCAGGAUCAGCUUCCACAGCAUCAAACAGACCACAGCUGUGUGACCGGAGGAAACCAGCACAUAACUGAAAUCUCUCCUACAGCAUCUGAGGGAACAGACUUACUCAUUUUUUCCAGUACAAAUACUGAAGUGAUUUACAGAACAGACUUUUUCCUCUGACAAGGCCACAGUGUGUCCAGUCUGACUGAAGAGCCGGGCAAUUUCUGCUGUCUGGUGAACAAAAUAAAUAGCACCCAAAAGUACAUUUUAACUGUAGCCUAUAUGAAGUUAAAUGGACACGUAAGAUUCUUGGAGGAUUUAAGUCCUGUAACAUACUGUACAUGAGGAAUGAGUUUUUUAGAGAUUGGCAUAUUUAAAAGACAUCAUCAUCAUCAAAGUGUCACAUCACAACAGGUCUUAUCAUCUGAUCUCACAAGGUUCUUAUUGCUGUCAUCUUACUGCAUAUAAGCAACUUAUGAGCAGUAAGAUGACUGUAGUGGUUGUGGUUAUUAGUAGAGCAAGAUAAUCUCAGAGGAUUUGCAGUAAGAUACUUCAUACACUUGUAGGCAUGUGGCUCCAUUGUCACUUUGGGGCACAGUGUAAUUGACUAGGAUGCUAUUCAUAAGGUGGCCAAAACAGCCAUUUGUACUGAGUACGGAUGAACAUCAAAAUGCAAAAAUGCUCUUUGAGUUAACUGCUCCUCUGCAUCAACAGCUGCUUUUUGACAGCUUGGAAAGAAGCUUUGGGGAAGAAGAGGGUUCACCUGAAUUAAAUAUCAAAAAAAAGAGAGAGAGAGAGAGAGAGAGAGAGAGAGAGAGAGAGAGAGAGAGAGAAACUGUACAGAAUAAAAGGCAUAAGAUUGAAAAGAGUCGCUGCUCUCUGUAGUGAAAAGGGAUUCAAAAUAAUUUAGUGUGAAGUGAAUAAUUGGUAUUCACAAAAACACAAUAUGAACAGGACUAUGUGUAGGUCAAUGUGAGCUGACUAUUUUAUACAAACAAGAAGAGUCAUCUCCUUGAAGUCUGUUUUUUUAAUACAAUGUUGAACUUUUAGUCUUGUAAUGCACUGUUCAGAGGCUAAAUUUCCUCUCCUCACUUUCACCACCCCUUUGUUAGAUUUUGCUGUUUUCUCCACAGAGAAGGAGGGUGUGAACGUAAAGAGUGACUUAAUGUGUCAUGUCUUUGAAUUCCCUGAGGUCGAUGGAUGAGGAGUUUCAAAUUAAAGCACUCUUCUAAAUGCAUUAUAGUUAAGAUUAUAUAUACAGUAUAUUAUUUUAUGGAGCUGGGGAAGUGAUAUGAAGUCAUUUAAGUUAUAUAUAUAUGUGCGGUAAGUGCCAUGCAUGGAUUUAUCGUGCUGGCACACUGGAAGCAGAUUAAAUUCUUUUGGCCUUAUGAAAUCCUUGUGGCUUUCUCGUAAUCAGUGUCACAACUAAGCUGCUGGUUCAGGAAAAGAGAAGCUUGAUGAAGUGAGCACCAAUCGCUUCCCUGAAAACUUGCCCUGGUCAGAUCAACAUACUGCAGAGCUGUAACUUUUACAUCUGCACUGGCUGCUCAAACAGCAACAAUGGGAACAACCGUCUGCAGACGGGUGACAUAUUAGAGUAAAACCCAGCAUUACGUGAACAACAUAAAGGUAUAAAGACUUAAGAACAGCUUCAGUGCUCCUCAAAGAUUCUGCCUUUCUCUUGUAGGGAUGAAACAUUCUUUCAUCCCUCUCUCAGAAAACACAUUCCCUCAUUGUGUUCAGCGCCUAUAUGAUUCAAUUUUUUUUGUACACAUUAAACCAUUGAGUGACCCAGAGCUGCAACAAUUGAUUAGCAUACUGCAGUUUUCUACAAAGGGAUAGCGAGGUGAGAGGAAAUAUUAGCCUUGAAUAGAAUUAUAAAGAAUCAAAAGCUCUGACGCUGACGUUCCUUUGUGUGUCCCUACAUUCAGUAAGGAGACUAUAUUGGUCUGGCAGGAGGUAUAAUGAAGAAUGUUUAACAGGAUAAUUUGGAAAUAUAUGCUCAUUCACAUUUUCGCCAAGAAUGAGAUGAGAUGGUCAAUAACACUUUUGUGUUUGGUUAUUUUUUAAAGAAGUUACAGCUGGUAACUAGUUAGCUCAGCUAGCAUGGUUCUGUCCAAAUGAGUCUCUGAUGGUUGCCAGGCAACCUCGUAGAGGCAGUAAGGCUUGAGAAAAUCACUGCUCCUAGCUAAGGCAAGCUCCGCACAUAUCACUCCCCAUUAAACCACACGUUGUUGUUUUUACACCUUGGUUUAUGUAUUGAUUUAACAAACAAGAUGUAGCAUUCUAACAAUCAAACUUAAAAAGAGAUUUCCUAAUCUGUGGACAGAGCAGACUAGCUAUGCUAAGCUAAGUAGCUCCUAGCUAUAGAGUCGUGUUUAGCAUUGAAACAUCAGAGUGGUAUUGAUCUUUUCACCCAACUCUUGGCAAGAAAGUGAAUAGACAUAUUCCCCAAAAUACUGAGCAAAUUUUAGAUUAAUAAUGUUUUAGUUUGGUUUGUAUUUAUUUAUUUGUUUGUUAUUUAUCUGUUUAUACUUUUAAAAUUAUUUGAUACAGGAUUUAGGUCCACUGGAUCUACAGUUGUAAAAUUUAAAAAGUGAAAUUAAAUAUACUGAAUUUUUGUGAGACCUUGUGAUCAAAUGUAUUUGAGGAUGUUGUAUAGAACAUAAACUAUUUCAUCAGUCUUUAUUUUAAAAUGUACAUUUCAAAUUUGUAUUUUGUAAACUUUUACAUUACUGCAGACUUUUUUUGGUGAUGUGCUGCUCAAGUAGACUGAUGUUGUCUGUUAUAUCAAAUGUUGAUCAUCCAAAGUGAUUUUAAUGUAAAUAUUUUUUUCUGAUUCCAGCGUCAUAACUGGUGCAGCUGUAAUACUGCACGCGCUGCCAUGACCUCAUCAUAAACACAAAAAGUACACUAUAGAAUAGUUGUGAACUAUUUUCAUACAUAAAUAAGUGAUAAAUAAGUAAUUUAUUCAAACUUUAUUACAAACUCUAUUUCAAACUCACCAAAGAGAGAAACCAUGUUUACCAACAUACAGAAUUUUUAUUGUCCACAUAUUUCUAUUGUUCCCACUGCACUUUGUAAACCAAAUCUUGUUGAUGUUAUUUUGUACACCAUUUAAUGUACAUGAUUAAAUGUAUCCAGUGCAGUGUAAUGUCAGAUUUGCUAACUUAUAACUGUACAUUUGACCUACUGAUUUUAUGGAAAACUCUUUGUUGAACCACCCAUGUUGCCUUAUGAACAAAAGGAAAUGCAUUUAUUUGGUGAAAAGGAAGCUAAUGUCUCUGUAAAUGAUGAUCAUUGUGUUACUGAUAUACAUUCGUACAUGCACAUGUGAAAAGAAAAAAAUAUCAAUUUAAAUUAAAAUGGUACUCUUA